AGUGAUUAAUUAUAAUCGCCGACCCUGGACCACGCGUAGUAUAUAUAGGCCACAAUCGGCAGUAAAGCUUUUGUCGAGUCAAGUGCACGAUAGCGUGGUUAGUUUGUGGCACUCAUCAGAGCUAAUUAAGAGCCAUGGCCAUGGAGAAGAGCCGGGUCCUCAUCGUCGGUGGCACCGGCCACAUCGGCCGGCGGAUCGUGGCGGCGAGCCUGGCGGCGGGCCACCCCACCUCCGUCCUGCUCCGGCCGGAGAUCGGCCUCGACAUCGACAAGCUCCAGAUCCUGCUGGCCUUCAAGGCGCAGGGCGCGCGGCUCCUCGAGGCGUCGCUUGACGACCACGAUGGCCUCGUCGCCGCGAUCCGGCAGGUGGACGUCGUCGUCUCCGCCAUGUCCGGCGCCCACAUCCGCAGUCAUAACCUCAUGCUCCAGAUCAAGCUCGUCGAGGCCAUCAAACAAGCUGGGAACAUCAAGCGUUUCCUGCCGUCAGAAUUCGGCAUGGAUCCAUCGAGGAUGGGGAAUGCUCUUGAACCUGGGAGGGUUACAUUUGAUGAGAAGAUGGAGAUAAGGAGAGCAAUUGAGAAUGCAAACAUCCCUCACACAUAUGUUUCUGCAAAUUGCUUUGCAGCUUACUUCAGUCCUAACCUCUGUCAGAUGAAAACUCUCCUCCCUCCCAAAGAGAGAGUUGGUGUGUACGGGGAUGGUAACGUCAAAGUGUUUUUUGUGGAUGAAGAUGAUGUGGGAACAUAUACAAUCAAAUCAAUCGAUGAUCCUCGCACCUUGAACAAGACAAUAUACAUAAGACCACAGGAUAAUUGCCUCACUCAGAACGAGCUGAUCGCGAUGUGGGAAAAACUCUCUGGAAAAAGUCUUACCAAAUUCCACAUACACGGUGAUGAAUUUUUGGCUUCAAUGAAAGAUACAGAUUUUGCUCAUCAAGUGGGAGUAACACAUUUCUACCACAUUUUCUACGAAGGUUGCUUAACAAACUUCGACAUUGGUGACAAUGGAGCCGAAGCAACUCUGCUCUACCCAGAUGUUCAGUACACCCGCAUUAAUGAAGUUAUAAAACGCUAUCUGUAACGGAGUAUAUGAAAAUUUUAUAAAUAUUCAUGUUGGUUUACGGUUUGGCAGCUUGCUUCACUAAGUCAAAUUCUCUCUAGAUAUGAGAAUUCAAUAACACCAUGCUUGUUUGAAUAUAUGGUAUUUGUACUGUUCACAACCCAGCUCGAAUAUACUCUGUUUUACUAAUUACUAUCAAGUUGAUCAGGUACGUGGAAAGUUCAAAUGAGUUAA